ACAGUUCUCCUAACUUGUAGGCGACAUGGCGCUGUGGCCGCUGCUGCUCAUCAGCCUGGGAAUAUGGCUUCUGAUCCGCAAAUGGCCAAUCCUGCGACUGGGCACUAGUCUCCCGGGUCCCUGGGCCUUGCCCCUUCUGGGAAACGCCCAGAUGGUGGGCAAACUAAGGCCGGAAUACAUAUUUCUCGUCUUCACAGAGCUGCGAGAUCGCUUUGGAGCCACCUAUCGCCUGUGGCUGGGUCCCCAACUUUGGGUAUUCCUUCACUCGGCGGAGGAGACGCGGCAGGCCCUUCAUGAUCCCUCGCUCCGCAAGGCGGAGACCUUCCUCCAGCUGGAACCGCUCAUCGGGAACGGACUGCUCAUCAGCCAUGGAGCCCAUUGGACCCGGCAGCGUCGCCUCCUAACUCCCGCCUUCCAGCCGCAACUUCUGCGCAGCUUUGGUCCCCAUUUGGCGGGACAUGUGGAUCGCCUGGUCCAACGACUGGCGGAAACGAAGGGAGCCUUUCUAGAGGUCACCGAUCCACUAUUCGCCUGCCUUCUAGACGCCAUCGUGGACACCUCCAUGGGUGCCCAGUUGGAUACCCAGUCAACGGAUCACUCGCCCAUCAUCAAUGCCUUUCAUCUCAGCAGCAUGUUGCUAUUCAAACGCAUGAUCAAUCCGCUCCUGGCCUCCGAUUGGAUCUUUCAUCGCACCCAACUCUGGCGGGAUCUCAGGGAGCAGCUCCAGGUGAUCCACUCGCUAAUGGAGUCGGUGAUCGAACAGCGCGCCCAAGAGCUGGAGAAGAAGGGGGAACCUCCCAAAGGAAGGGCGCACAAUCUCCUGGACACGCUCCUUUUGGCCAGAUUCGAGGGUCAGCCCCUGAGCAGGAGGGAAAUUAGGGACGAGGUCAACACCUUUGUGUUUGCGGGUGUUGACACGACGACGGCAUCCAUGUCAUUUGUUCUCUAUGCCCUCGCAAAAUAUCCCGAAACGCAGUCCCGUCUCCUGAAAGAGCUGCAGGAGCUACCGAUGGAUGGAUCCUGCGACCUGGACACCCUCAAUGAGCUGCCCUAUCUGGAUGCUCUGAUCAAGGAGGUGCUGCGUCUAUAUACCAUUGUGCCCACCACUGGACGACAGACAACGCAAACCACGGUGAUCGGAGGACGAAGAUAUUGUGCCGGGGUCACGCUGUGGAUCAACAUGUAUGGAUUGGCGCACGAUGAGCUCUACUAUCCAGAUCCGUAUGCCUUCAAACCGGAGCGGUGGUUGGAGGAUGGCGGUUCUGCCCCACCACCCGCAUUCAGCUAUAUUCCCUUCUCGGGCGGUCCACAUGUCUGCAUCGGGAGACGGUACUCGCUGCUCUUGAUGAAACUGCUCACCGCCCGACUCGUCAGGGAAUUCAAUUUGAAACUGAGUCCGGAGCAGGCUCCGCUCAAGCUGCAGGCCCAAAUGGUGCUGAAGGCCCAACAGGGCAUACAUGUGGCAUUUAUGAAACGAUAAAAACAAGGAUUUUGUAUACUCUCGUUAAAAAUUAAAAAACAAACUUUCUUUCAUAAGAAAGCCAAACGAA